UGCCGUCCUCAGCACCCCUCUUCCCUUACCCGCCCUCCCCCACCGACUGUGUUGAAGCUCAUCGGGUUUGCUCAGUGGACCCUCGGUGCGAAGCGAUGUACCGGGGUUUGGAGCUGUGUGCGGCCGACGCUGCCGUGUCUCAGCUGGGUGAGCAGGUGGCUGCAGAGUGUCUGGAGAGACAGGAUGCCCUACUGGCCAGACAUCCCGCUCUGCUGGCCUGCAAGUGUCAGCGCGGCCUUCGCAAAGAGGAGCAGUGUCUGCGCAUAUACUGGAGGGUUCGUCUGCUGCCAGGGGAGGAUGAACUGGAAAUUUCUCCCUAUGAUGACACGCUAAUGGACACACGCAUGGCUUCCUUAGUGGCAGCCUCAUCCUUCAUGCAACUGGAUGGUGAGAAUCAGUGCCUGAAGGCAGCACAGGACUGCGGCCUGUACGAGAAGUGUGGGUCUCUGCGAUCAGAGUAUGUCCUCGCGUGCACAAAAAGGAUGCAGGGGACCAACCGAUGCAACCAGCACAAGUGCCACCGAGCCCUGAGGCGCUUCCUGGAGCGGGUUCCUGAGGAGUACAGCCUGGGAGUGCUGUUCUGCCCGUGCACCAACACGCUCUGUGGGGAGAGAAGGAGGAAAACAAUCGUACCCUCCUGCUCCUACCAGGAGAUGGAGGGUCUGCAACCCAACUGCCUCGUUCAGCAGAGCUUCUGUCGUAGAGAUGACCUCUGCAGGUCCAGACUGGCUGAUUUCCUCAACAACUGCCAGCCAUCUCCUCUGACGGCCAGCGGCUGCCUGAAAGACUCGGCAGGCCUGUGCCUCCGAGCCUACGCUGGACUCAUUGGAACCGUCAUGACUCCGAACUACAUCAGUAACAGCUCUGCAGACGUGUCUCUGUGGUGUAACUGUGAGGGCAAUGGAAACCAUUGGCAGGACUGUCUGAGGGUGCAGCGCAUGUUCACACACAACAGCUGCCUGCGUAACUCUAUCAGUUGGAUGGGAAGCCCCGGCUCCCUGCCUGCAGACAUCACCCCCCCUCCGGCUCCCAGACCCUCCCCGCUGGUUCAGGAGGACGAGCUGCUGAGCAACAACCACCUGCCUGAGCACAACAACAUUGUGGUGGAGAGCGAAGAAGAAGAGGAGCUGACUCAGACAGAGCAGGAGGGCGAUGAAGGUGGUCAGUUUGAUGUCAUCCCGCUGUACUCGGAGAGAGCCACCAUCUCCAACCUGGGCUCCCCCGGCACCGGAGGAGCAGCGUCGCUCCCUGCAGGUCCUCCUGCACCCGCCCUGCUUCUCCUCCUGCUCCUGAGCGUCUCCUUCAGCUGGGGGUAGAACAGAGGAUGUAGAGAAGACGCACACACACAUACACACACAUAAACAUGCACAUGCACACUGUCACAUAUGAUGGACCUGCCAGAAAGCCUGGACUGAUGACUUUGAAAUGACAGGAAGCAAAGUGAAGAAAAGGACUUCACAUUUAGUCAGUAGCAUCUCCUUGAUUCCUCACUUCUUUCCUUGCUCCCUUCCUUUCUUUUUUUGAAAAUGGCACUUUGUUCAGCGCUGUCUGACUGCAGCUGCAGUGAUGUGUAAUCGUCCUGGAAGCACAGAAGACCGGGUCGAGGUCUGGGUGUUCACAUUCAGCCAUUAACCAAUGAGCUUGAUGCAGAUGUCUCUGUCACAGAUUCACAGAGGUAUUCUGCUCAGAUUCUGGUUCUACACACCGACAUUAGCCUGAUUAAGUUUGUUAGCAGGAGAAAAGGUUGGCCUGUGGAUGAUUGCAUUCUUGAAAAGGAGGUCAUAAAGUUUCUACGAGUAACUAGAAGAUCAAAAUGCUCGUACCAGCGUCCUGCUGUCAAACACUGAUCACUUUAGCUUGUGAAUGAACUGUUGUGCUGCAGACAAUUACAUAUUAUAUCAUAUUUAUUAUAAUUAUCUGAAGUAACACUUGACUUAGUCUGGGUGGAACCUCAGGGUGAAUCAAGGCCAAUAUAACAAACACUGUACCUGAGUGGUACUUGAACUAACCACGGUAAGCUAUGACGUGAGAACACAAUGACUGUUGACGCGCUUAUGAUAGUUUGGACAGGUUUGUACACGUGACUCUCUUAUUGGUGGCGUGAGUUUCUAAACAUGUCUCCUAAGUUACUCAAAAUAAAAUCCAUCAGUCUGAAAAGCUUUACUUUGGAUAUGACAAAGUAUUUACUAUUCAUUUUAUUACAGAAGAACAAAGAGAGAUAAAAACACACAAAAAUACAGAGCAGUCCUGUCAAGGUUUCACCACGGUCUAACACAUGAUCCCUCAGUUCUGCUUAUAAGCAAUCCGUUGGUUGUUCACAGCGCCUCCCAGUGAUAAUAACAAAAGGAACAAAUAUCGGCUCCAUGGUUUAAUAAUCUUGCAGUUCUACCCUACGUCCUCUGACAGAACCUGAGCUCCAUACAAGCUCAGACAAAGGUUAGUGUGGCCAGUUAAGACAGGAGAUGGGUUUUCUCGCUGCACUUCAAUAAGGGAUGGACCUCUGACACAGCCGAUCAACUGCUAGAAGUCAAUCAACCAAUCACGCUCUGAGACUGGCACAGAGGUUUUUAGAGGAUUGAGAGAGAGAAAACACUCACACACACCCAACAAAUGACAGUUGAGACAAAUAUACAGCACACUACAACUGCAGUCACAGACAAACCUGUGUGAGCUCUUAUUUGAAUGUAAUGCUCGAUCAUUAUGAGGCUAAAACACAUCACCACCACUCACGUGGAGCAGGUCAUCCCUCUAGCUGUGUUCACACAUGCACAAAAGUGAUGAAAAUUUCCUGAAAUGUUCAGGAUGAGCUGCGUGUGUGAACGCAAACAGUGAGAUUUUUUCUCACCCAUCUUUACCCGGACUUUUCUCCUGAAAAUGUAUUUCCUUUCGUUUCCUUUCAUUUUAAAAAAGACCAGUCACACUCUGCACUGAUAUAAAAGCAAACCCAAAAUCUUGUGACUGUUUUGAUGCAGAGAAGAAAAAAAAACGCUAAUGAAAAGUUUGUUUUAAAGUAUUUAUUUUAUGCUGAAGCCGAUGGGUCCGCAGGAAACACGACCAAUUCAGGAUCUGAACCUUGUGCUUGGAUGUGAACACCCACACGUACAGGAAGGCUUUACAGCUGCAGUCAGACCUUAUGGUUGUUGUUUUUGUUUGUUUGUCUGUUUGUUUAACUUAUGAAUGAAGGCUGGUUUUGUCCCAUUGGUUGCGACUCACCUGUCUGUGGAUCAUACAGGGACUGAAGGUGUGAGGACGCUGAUACACGAUACAUCCUUCAAACUUUAUCACAGUGAUGAAUGGAGCGAUCGUCUUCUCCCCGCCGCUGAGCUGAAUGACAAAUGACACACUUGUCUCUCAUUGUUUAAUGAACAUCAGGUGCCAAGUGUGUCACGCCUGUGUGUGUGUGUGUGUGUGUGUGUGUGUGUGUGUGCAAGGAUCAGGCACGGGGAUUGCAAAGAAAAUUGAGUAAAGCUUUUUGUUAUAAUUUGAGUCUUGCACUUCAUCGUUCCCACCCACGUCAGCACAGCCACACAAACUGAACACACACACGCACACACAUGCAUUAGCACACAUACUGCCUGCCGAUGCAGCUCUUUCUUGCUUUAUUGCUUUAUCCCCGUCCCUAUCUCGCUCCCCGGUGACUCAGGGACCGAGACCUGCGCCGCCACAGGCACCGAUAUGAAUAAAGCCGUCAUAAUAAAAACAACACACCAGAAACAAUAUGAGCUCUAAAACGGCAGAACAAAUCAAAUAGCUCCCCAGCAGGCGAAAAAAAAAAAAAAAACUCACACACACGCUACUUCUGACAGCGACACACAGAC